AUGGUGCCGAAGGUGUACUUUUCGCCACCGAUGCGCACGCAGCCCACGGACGCGGGGCCCGAGUCGAGCAGUACGUCGAUUUCGGCGCCCGUGCCCACGCCCCCGAGCGUGCGCGACGUCUCGCCGAGCAUUUGUUUGGAGCUCGUGGAGUUUAAAGACCUCUUGCGGCAGUUCCGUGCGUUGGACGAUGGAGUGACGCUGCGUCUGAACCGCUCAUCCGCACGCUCUCGUGAUACAGGCACGUCCGCGCCGCCGUCGCUCCUGCAGCAGCACGACAAGCGUUUUUCGUCGGCGGCCGCGGCCGAUCUCGGCAAGUCGACCUACGCGUCGCUCAACGACACGGUCUGUGCCUCGUUUUGGCGCGAGCUGCUGGACGUAUGGGUGCGCCGUGAAGAUACCAUCCGCUACUGCAUUGCAGUCAACGGCCAGGCCGCCAACCCUGCCGCGGGCGCGACGAACCCCGACAGCCGCCUCGACAAGGACUAUGUCGCGGCGCCUGCCCCCGCUCCUGCGUGGAGCCGCGCGGAGAACCGCGCAGAGUUCACGGAGCGACAGCUGCGCAACGAGCUCGCAGUAGAGUCCAUCAUCCGCCGCCGCUCACUCGAGGUAUUCAAGUCGCGCUGCCGUACCUUUGUCCCCACGCCAAGCGAUACGGUGGAAGGCGCACGCGAACAAGCAUUCUGGGAAGGCAAAUAA